GGCAGAACGGCAGCGGAAAGAGGAGGCCAGAGCCCGGGGAGGGGGUGCUGCCCGCAGCGCCGCACCGGUGCCCCCGCCGACCGCCCUUUCACCGCCUCCAUCCCCGAUCCCCACGGUCCACCGAGGGCCACACCUGCCCCGUGCUCCCUUCCGCUGCCGAGGCCCCUCUGGCGUCCUACGGGGGACACCGGCGGGGCCCGGGCGGGACUACAGCUCCCGGCGUGCUCCGGGCCCGGCGCGGCCCCGUGACGGCCCCGCCCGGCGCGGCCGCACCCCCGCCCCGCGGUGCCGGCCAUGCUGCGGCCCAAGGCCCUGACGCAGGUGCUCAGCCAGGCCAACACCGGCGGCGUCCAGAGCACGCUGCUGCUGAACAACGAGGGGUCCUUGCUUGCCUACUCGGGCUAUGGGGACACUGAUGCCAGGGUCACCGCGGCCAUCGCCAGCAACAUCUGGGUGGCCUACGACAAGAACGGGCACCAGGCGUUCAAUGAGGACAACCUCAAGUUCAUCCUCAUGGACUGCAUGGAGGGGCGAGUGGCCAUCACACGGGUGGCAAACCUGCUGCUCUGCAUGUACGCCAAGGAGACCGUGGGAUUUGGGAUGCUGAAAGCCAAGGCUCAGGCACUGGUCCAGUACCUGGAGGAGCCGCUCACGCAGGUGACCGCAUCGUGAGCAGGCACUGGAGGGCUCUGAGGUGCCACUGGGCUCCAACACCAUCACUGUCACUGCCGUGGGAUGGGCGUGAGUGGCCCCAUGGGCAUCACGGAGCUUAAAAAUAAGGUGGCAGGAACCCAGAAGCUGGGGGAAAUAAAAGUGUGUUUGAUGCUCA